AUGGCGUUCUUCACGCGAUGGACUUCAAAUGGUACCAACCAGGUUUUGUGCAUCGACACACCGGCAGAAUUGGAGGAACGCAUGCUCGAAUCAUUGAGGCUUUCAGGUCCUGUCGAAUUUCAGGAUCCUUUUGCAAUGCUUCGUCCACUUUUAGACGAGGUCCUCAAGAUCAGUGACCAGUACACCUGGCGAAUGUCCAAAGAGAUUCGAAAACACGAGACGACUCGCUCAAAGAGACCUUCGUUCGAUGACCUGAAUGAUCUUCGUAGACAUGCGCGGCAUCUCGAAGAAGUACAAGAAGUUAGUGUCGAGACCCUGGAACGGCUGGCCUCUAGGCAAGAAGACAACUUUAAGCAGCUUGGAUUGGAGGAAGACUACCAGUCAGAAGCAAUUGAGUACUUGCGGUUUCAGCUGCAGAUAAUGAAGAGCCUCAGGCGACGUUCCCAAGCUAACUCCGAAAGAUUGGAUGGAGAAAUGAACUUGGCGUACAACGUCAUCGCAAACACGGACAGUCUGAUCAUGAAAUCCAUUACCCUACUGACGAUGAUAUUUUUGCCUGCCACUUUCAUAUCGGCUUUGUUCAGCACCACAUUCUUCGAGUUUCACGAGUAUGGAUGGAACUUUUCUACUCGAUUCUGGAUAUACUGGGUAGUAACGGUACCACUGACCCUUUUUGUGGUGGCGGUAUGGCGGGUAUGGAUCGGGGGUUCUGCCAGGACAAUCAGAGAAAAGAUUCUCGGGGGAUCUUCGAAGAAUAAGACAGCAUAA